AUGAGCGAGGGCGAGCGCUAUGGCGAGUGGAGUUGGUAUAACGAGCAAUGGCAAAAUGCUGAGGGUGCUGCGGGCGAAGAAAUGCCGCAGAGGGAUUGGGACACUGAUCAAGAUCAGCAACAGCAACAGCAUGCCGCCGAGCAACGUCAUGAUGGACGGCCGAGCCCAGGGCGUCAGGCAGUGGCGCGCGCCACCAUCGAAGCCCGUGACUGCGCUUUCGGCAAGAUGAUGGAAGCAACUCAGCGAUCGGACGUCGCGGACAUAAAGUACACGGACAUGCGGGACAUGUGCAAACAGCAGGAGGCGAAGCUACGAGAGCAAAAGGAGAAAACGGCUGAGCUGGAGGCGCAGCUGGCAGCGCAUCACCAAAAUCUUCGGGAGUUGGCGGAGCAAUACACCCUUAUGGCUCUUUUUAGUUGGUUCAUCUGUAGCGCAUUACUUGGUCUUACGUUAUCAGUAUCUAUUUCGUUCAGUUGCGCCUACUUCGUUCCGCGCGAUCUAUCUAGUUCCACUCUGUCUAUUUCGUUUCACUCUCCUUGCUCUGUUCCAUAGUAGACAUUUCGUUCCGCGUUGUCUAUUUCGUUCUGUUCUUCCUAAUUCGUUCCAUAUUCUCUAUUUCGUUUUCGUUCGACUUUGUCUAUUUCGUUCCACCUGAUCUACUUCGGUCGAUUUCUCUCCAUUGGAAGCGCUAGGCUUUUGGAGGAUGCCCCUCCAUCAAUAUAAGUGACGAAGGCCGAACCGCUCUAAUAGCAACCUCGCGGACCAGAAAACGGACGCGAACCAACACGAUAAAGAUCACAUCCUUGACGAGCAUUCGCUCGUAGGAGUGAUAGCUAAGGGCGUGAAAGACGAACUGAAGCUCUCGCGCGAGCGGGAAGAGGAGCACCAGCAGCUCUACUCGUAAGGGUUGAAGCAUUUCAAAUCUGUGCGUUCUAUUUGUCACACUUGAAGGAAAAACGUGGCAAAUAUCUAGGCGUGACAGGUAUGAACUGGCUCAGCCUCUAACGCUGAGAACUUUCAAACGAGACGAUGAAGGCCAUGAAGGAGAACCGGGAGCUCCGGGCGGAGGUCCUAGCGAAAGUAGAGGACUUCAAGGCGCUGGACCGCUUUGCUACUGAAAUAAAGUUAAGGCUUGGGGAAGUCCAUUCUCUCCCGCGUCUUCUCCUUGUUUUAACGAGAAAACAAGACGUAGGACGCCAGUCAAUUUCUAAUAAGAGCAAACGACACCAUCGACGGACUCAUGAGGGACAGGGAGAACAAUACUGGGGGCGCCAGCUCUACCAGCGCUACUGCCAAGACCACGAAGGACCACCCAG